UUUGACCUUCAAGUGCUCAGAGGUAUUCAGCGGCGGACGAUGCUAAUAGAUCGUUACCUGACCACGGGUACCCGAUGCUGUGGCUACCUUGAGGAUGGAAGAAAAGAAUCACUCUCAGGUUUCUUGUCAUGAUGACCGACCUCCUGGUUUCGUAGACGCUGUUCUUAAACCAUGUACUAGUUUGCCAGAAGGUGUUCAUCUUCAAGUAAAGGGAUAUGAUUUUAACGCUGGUCUAAAUUACGAUGCUUUGUUCUCAUCUUUUGAAUGUAUUGGAUUUCAGGCAACUCAUUUUGCAAAGGCUGAACAUGUUCUGAAUGAAAUGAUUAAUAAACGGAAUUUAAAACCUACUUCACGCGAAGAAAUUGAAUUAGCUCAAGUUUUACAAGAUUUUCAUCCUUUAAAUAGACCUUUAUCAGAAUGUACUAUAUUUUUGGCUUAUACAUCAAAUAUGGUGAGCUCUGGUGUUCGAGAAGUUAUACGUUUUCUGGCCGAACAUAACAUGGUUGAUGUGAUAGUCACUUCUGCUGGUGGUGUAGAAGAAGACUUUAUCAAAUGUCUGGCUCCUUCAUAUAUAGGAGAUUUUGAAAGAUGGCGUGGUCAUGAAUUAAGAGAAAUCGGUGUAAAUCGUAUUGGCAAUCUACUUGUACCAAAUAAUAAUUAUGUUAAAUUUGAACAAUGGCUUCUACCCAUUCUAGAUGAAGUUUUAGAAGAGCAAAAUUCCCAGAAUAUAAAUUGGACCCCGUCUAAGUUGAUCAAUCGUCUAGGUAAAGAAAUCAACCAUAAAGACUCCAUAUAUUAUUGGUGCUAUAAAAAUAAAAUUCCGGUAUUUUGUCCCGGUUUAACCGAUGGUUCGCUGGGUGAUGUCCUUUUUAGUCACACUUAUCGAUCCCCUGGUUUAAAAAUAGAUCUAGUUGAAGAUAUUCGAAAUAUCAAUUUACUGGCAAUUAAUGCUCGUACUACAGGAAUGAUAGUACUAGGUGGUGGUCUUAUAAAACAUCACACAUUCAAUGCAAAUUUGAUGCGAAAUGGAGCUGAUUAUUGCGUACUUAUCAACACAGGACAAGAAUUUGAUGGUAGUGACGCCGGUGCUAGACCAGAUGAAGCUCUGGAAAGAACACUCAAAAUGAUCAAAUUGAUUAACAAAUAUGAGUAUAUAAGGAAUAUAUAAAAUUACCUUAAUUAGCAAAAGAAUCGCCAUCAGGGCAGGAUUUAAUAUUGUUGUGAAGCAAAAUGUUGAACGUGGGUCAAAACUAAAACGAUCGGAAAACAUGAUUGAUUUUACCGAAGAAAAAUGGGAAAAAAUUCGUUAUUUGACACUCAGAUGCUAACUGGGGAGAAAAAGAUCACUGGUUAUUGAUCAUGUAUUUUUAUACAAGUUAUUAUCACUCAAAAUAGUGAAGUUCAAACAAUUCAAAUGACCUAUAUAGGAAUGAAAUUGCUAAAAGUAUAACAUAACUGUUAUUGUUUCAUUCAAAUUGUUGAAGAUCAUAAUAUACUAACAAAAAUGUUUGGAAAUAUCGUCCGUAAACAAAUUAGAACUGAAAAAAAGUUCAAUAUAAAUGACUCUAAUGUGAUAGUGCAACACAUAUGUACAUGCGAAAUAGAUACAGAGACAAAAAUUAAUGUACUCUACUUUGAUUCAUAAUUUUAAUGUGAGAAUUAAUAACACUAUGCAAUUAUUCAUGCGGAUUACGCAAAACGGG